AUGAGCCGGUUCUCCUCUUCAACCACCGCCCUUUGCAUACUACCUUGGGGUAUAGCAGGCGAAUACACUAUGGCAACAGACAGGCCAUCCACACCACCACAUCAGCCCAAGGCUGCGAAACCUGGGGAGCUCCCUCGAGCGCCGCUUACGCCAGAUCAGUUGCGGCGGAUCGAAAUCAACCGUAUGAAAGCGAAGGCGAUCCGUGAGCAACGUGAAGCAGAGCAGGCUCGGACUUUAGCAACGACUUCCAAUACUUACAACACCACGCAGACUGCCAAAGGGGUAAAGCGGUCGUAUUCAAAUCUGACGGCGUCUGAGACGCCUGCUACGCUACGAGAUGGUCGUGCGAAUGCUGCUUCGACAAACCGUCCCCUUGACGCUAUUAGACCCGCUCGAAAUUUUGCCAAGUAUGUCGAGUACGACUUCAGUAAGAUGACUGAUACAAAAGGAGGAUUCUUGACUGAAGAGGAUGAUCCACAUAAUAAAGCACUACACGUGCGUGAUGGGAAGAUGGAGCAGAAACCGGCAAAUAUGACCCAGAAGGAGUGGGAAAAACAGCAGUUACUUGACUCUUUUCGGCGAGAACGCACAGGCCCCUUUGAACCAGGACUCAGUGUAUUGGACGACAAAGCAAAGCAGAAAACAUGUCGCGAAUGCGGAAAUCUAGAGAUAGAUUGGAAGUGGGAGGAGACACUCCGAUGUUGUGUGUGCCAUGCUUGCAAGGAAAAACACCCGGAGAAAUACAGCCUGCUUACCAAGACAGAAGCCAAGGAAGAUUAUCUCUUGACAGAUCCUGAACUGCGGGACGAAGAGCUUUUGCCGCACUUGGAACGUCCCAACCCACAUAAAUCAACGUGGAACAACAUGAUGCUUUAUCUACGCUACCAAGUCGAAGAAUAUGCAUUCUCAUCGAAGAAGUGGGGUUCUGCUGAGGCACUAGAUGCUGAGUUUGAGCGACGGGAGAAUGAGAAGAAACGCCGACGUGAGGCUAAAUUCAAGACCAAGUUGCAAGAUUUGAAAAAGCGUACGCGUGUCGAUGCCUACCGUCGUAACCGGCAAGGUGCAGCUGGAGGUAGCUUUGGCGACGAUCUGGGGAAUAAUAGAAAACAUGUACAUCAAUGGGGUCGAUCCGUCGAAAACGCCGAGACAGGGAUAGGGGUCAAGAAGUGCAUUGACUGUGGGAUGGAAGUGGAGGAGCUGGAGUUCUAA